CCCUCUGCUGUCCAGAACCGACCCACAGCGACUCAGACACUCGCCACCAUGUGCAAAGGGCUCGCAGCUCUGCCCCACUCCUGCCUGGAAAGGGCCAAGGAGAUCAAGAUCAAGUUGGGGACACUCCUGCAGAAGCCCGAUGCGGCCCCUGACCUGGUCAUCCCCUACAACGACAAGCCGGAGAAACCCGCCAAGGCCCAGAAGCCGUCACCAGAGGAGGUUCUGCAGUGGCGCGACUCUCUGGAUAAGAUCCUGCAAAACAGCUACGGGCUGGAAAGCUUCCGCAGCUUCCUGAAGUCGGAGUUCAGCGAGGAGAACCUGGAGUUCUGGCUGGCGUGUGAGGACUACAAGAGGACCCGGGCCCCGGGCAGGCUGGCGCAGAAGGCCCAGCGCAUCUACGAGGACUUCAUCCGGGCCGAGGCACCCCAGGAGGUCAAUAUCGACCACUUCACCAAGGGCCUGACCCUGCAGAACCUGGCGGCCCCUUCCCUGAACAGCUUCGACGUGGCCCAGAAGCGCGUCCGCGCCCUCAUGGAGAAGGAUUCGCUGCCUCGGUUCGUACGCUCCGAGUUCUACCAGGAGCUGCUGAAGUAACCGCAGGGCCGGUCCAAGCCGUCCCCUGCAUCGCCCAGCUCGCCUGGCCUCCCCCAACCCACGCGUCGUUCCCCCCUACACCCCCAAUCAACGGGGAGCACCUCCAGGGAGCACCCGGUAGCAUCGCUCUCUCCUUCUCUCUCCACCCGGCCACGUCCAUGCUCCGGUAUCCUCCUCCUUCCUUCCCUCCACCUCGUCCUGGGUUUCUCAUCAGAAUCAGGAAAAUUCUGCCCAUCGGAGCCGGUCCAAGCCCCGGAACGCUCCUGAUUGUCCAUCCAAAGUC